CCGGCUGUCCAACACGAUGGACCUCUGCUUGUUAAUUCUUACUUUAGUGAUGGCAGUGAGUGGGAGCAUCACUCUCACCAGUCUGGACACCACCAUGCCCACCGAUAUCACCACCACCGUUCUGGCUGCAACUGAUCUCACCACCAAUACCACCACCACAGUUGUGCCUCCAACCAAUCUCCCCACCAAUACCACCACCACUGUUGUGGCUCUAACCAAUCUCACCACCCCUACCACCACCACCGUUGUGGCUCUAACCAAUCUCACCACCCCUACCACCACCACCGUUGUGGCUCUAACCAAUCUCACCACCCCUACCACCACCACCGUUGUGGCUCUAACCAAUCUCACCACCGCUACCACCACCACGGUUGUGGCUCUAACCAAUCUCACCACCCCUACCACCACCACCGUUGUGGCUCUAACCAAUCUCCCCACCAAUACCACCACCACCGUUGUGGCUCUAACCAAUCUCACCACCCCUACCACCACCACCGUUGUGGCUCUAACCAAUCUCACCACCCCUACCACCACCACCGUUGUGGCUCUAACCAAUCUCUCCACCCCUACCACCACCACCGUUGUGGCUCUAACCAAUCUCACCACCCCUACCACCACCACCGUUGUGGCUCUAACCAAUCUCACCACCCCUACCACCACCACCGUUGUGGCUCUAACCAAUCUCUCCACCACUACCACCACCACCGUUGUGGCUCCAACCAAUCUCUCCACCACUACCAACACCACAGUUGUGGCUCCAACCAAUCUCUCCACCACUACCACCACCACCGUUGUGGCUACAACCAAUCUCUCCACCACUACCACCACCACCGUUGUGGCUCUAACCAAUCUCACCACCACUACCACAACCACCGUUGUGGCUCCAACCAAUCUCUCCACCACUACCACCAGCACCGUUGUGGCUCUAACCCACAAUACCACUACCACUGUUGUGCCUACAACCAAUCUGAUCAGCACUAACGCCAUCACCAGCAGCAUGGUGACCAACAUCCCAUUGAACCUGUUGUGUCAGAAUGGUGGUAAACCAACGAACAAUUUGUGCAUCUGUCCCGAUAAUUUGACCGGGCAACUCUGUGAGAACGAAAAUUUCUGUAAUGAAACAGACAUGUUUCCCAAGACGAUUAUUGGACAAGUGGCCUACUCGAAAAAUGUGUGUCCUUCAGAAAAGAUUAACGCCGGAUUUCCAACGAAAACAGCUUGGUGCUUGAGUGUAACUCACAAUUUUUCUAUAUCUCAAACGCUGAAUUGUGAAAUGACCCUUGAUAAAAUCGAUACAGAUCUUUUAGCCUAUUCUGCUACAAAUACUUUGGCCUCCAGCACCCAAAUCCUCACGUCCAAACCGGAGAAGCUAACCUCUCAAAACAUCAGCAUGGCUGCAAAGAUAGUCAGCAGUCUGCUCAAAAACGCAAGCAGCCCUCAGGACAUUUACCUUGCCUCUAUCACCACAGUUAGCCAGCUCCUUAACGCUAACAGUGAGCAGUUCAACAACAUCCCUCCUGAGUCCAUCAGCAGUCUCACCCGGACAUUGCAGAACUUUUCCCUCACACAAAAUGAUAGUGGAUCACAGAUUGUACAGCCGAACAUCGCCAUCCAAUCAGUCAUGUACAAUAGUUCAGAAAUCCAAUUUACUGUUUAUUCAGCUUUAAAUACUGGAGAUGCGAACAGCUUGUCAGCCAACAGAAUAAAGAUAAAUAACUCCUUCAAUGUUCCGAAUAGUCUUCCCUUUAAUGUCCAGAUGAACGUCAGCCUUUCACAAGGCACGGACAAAAUCGGCUUUGUGCUCUACAAUAAUGAUCAGUUCUUCAAAUCCCAGGUCUUCAAACCUUCGUUGAACCUCAAGAGACCAGUGAUAAGUGGACACGUGGCUAAGAACAAGGCCCUGAAUGUUAACUUCACGAUGACGAACCAGGAAGCGCCUCGUACGAUCCACGAUUUCGCCUGCGUGAUUUGGGACUACGGGGUGAACGACUGGAGUACGAAAGGCUGCCAAAAAAUCGUGGAUGCUAAUAAACAUUCCUGUAAAUGUGAAAGAUCCACAACAUUUGCCAACUUCGCCAUGUUGAUGACGUACCGGUCCGAUCCUGAAAUCAGCCAAGCUUUAGCCAUGGUCAGUUUAAUCGGCUGUGCUAUGUCUGUCGUGGGGUUGAUCAUCACCGUGAUCUUCCAGAUCCUGACCAGAAAGUCAAGAAGGUCCAGUCCUACCAUCCUCCUGGUCAGCAUCUGUGUGUGUAUGCUCAUCGUCUACCUCCUCUUCAUCUUUGGGAUUCAGAACCUUGACUCAAGCUCUAAUCCUCCUGAAGAGAACAUCAUCCCUGUGUCUGAUUUCUAUAUAAAGCCAGACCAUGGGCCAUGUACGGCGUUCGCCGUCCUCCUCCACUACUUCCUGUUAGCGACGUUCACCUGGAGCACUCUGUACUCCGCACACAUCUUCCUCUUGAUCAAAAAUACCAUCUCGGGGCCACCGCGAUACUUCAUGACCUUGUCUGUCGUCAUGGGGUGGGGUCUUCCUGCGGUGGUGGUUGGAAUCUCUUUAGGAAUCAGCUACCGGGUUGAAGACCCAUUAAACUACAGACAGGAAGCUGUCUGCUGGCUGGCUGCAGUGGAUCAGCAGAAAAGAUUUGAUGCGACGAAGCCCAUGCUGUGGGGUUUUCUGCUACCUGUCGCUGUAAUGCUCUUCUUUAACAUCGCUGUACUCUUGUACUUCUCAUACACCACCUGCAGGAUCAACCCUGACCUCAGCAGCUCACAGGUCACUCCUCUACGCAACAAAAUGCUGGGCUGCAUCUCCAUGGCCGUGGUGCUCGGCGUGUCCUGGAUGAUCGGCUACUUCCUGCUCCUGGAAACGAAUCCCAUCAUGCAUACGAUCCUCAGCUUCGCCUUCUGUCUCUGUAACACCACGCAGGGCAUCCAGAUCUUCGUGUUGUUCACCUUAAGGACGGCGGUCUUUAAGGAGAAAGCCCUCAUUGUUCUCGACCAUGUCCCGGCUCGACACAGGAAGACGUUUGAACUGUGGGUUUUAAAAGAAGCUGAUCCUGAAGAGAACUACAUAUCCACAUUUGAACUUUAAAAUCUGUAGAGUUGAGAAACGAAUAUAAAGAGGACUGCGGAACUGAUGUCGACACCAAGAUGUCCUUCACAGACGAACGUCCGGAAACAGGAAAGCUACAGUAUCUCAAAACAAACAAUCACUCUUUACAUCCGUGCCGAGCAGAAAAGCAUCUCAUCACGUCAAUCCUCGAGGCUUGGAAAAACAUCGGCUGAGCCACGGUAGCGCUUUUACAUCGUCCACGCAAAGAAAGAGUUUCUGAGGCUGUCG